AUGGACACGGACCAAGGCCGCCUCUCUUACGACGGCCUCCCUCAUGUCCCCGAUUCGACACUCGGGCACAAUCCAUACUCGCAACCAUUGCAAGGGCAGGCGCUUAGGCGUCCUCCAGGUGUCUACGACCUGACAUAUGAAAACAGGAGACAGCCACAAGGCCAGAAAGCGAGGAUUCUGGACCUGCAGAAACCCACUCUUCUCAUACUCGGCGGCCUACUCUGCAUCCUGAUAAUCGUCGGCGCCGUCGCCGGAGGCAUGGGCGCCGCGCUCGCGGCAUUGAAUCGCAAAAUUGCAGACGCACAGCGAAGUGCCGUCACCGCGGCGUUUUCGACGUAUCGCGCCAGCGCCACGGGAACAGCAUCUUCCGCAUCGUCUUCGACCGCAUCUGGAUCCACAACGGCCGUGCCAACAGCAUCUACCACCGGCACGAUAAUAGAGUCGUCGUCUCUGACGAUUGUGCGCGAUUGCCCCUCCAGCAAUGGCAGCACGACGACCAUCUCCGUCUCUCCAGAACAGCGCUUCGUGAAGCACUGCAGCUUCCUCUUCGACACUCACCCUUCAAAUGCCUUCGGGAACUACACGACGUCGUUUGAUGCCUGCAUCGGCUUGUGUGCAAGCUAUAACGUACUCACGUCGCCAGAUGCGAAGAAGUGCAAUGGGGUGGGGUGGCGAUGGGGAUCGGAUCCCCCGUGGGGGGCUUUUUGGGAUGUGUUUUGGGCUGGUUGGGUUGACGGGGGCUUCGGGGAGGCUUGCGGACGGAUCGACUACGAUUACGCCUGUGGAUAG